CGUUUCCUUGGCUAUUACGGUAACGUGAGGUAGGCGGACGUUUGCGUCGGAAUGUACCAUUUUGCCAACACACCGGGAAGGAUUUUGUUGUGACAGCGGAGUUACAACCCGGCGGGGGAGACGGUAAUAACAUAGGGGGUUUUUCCAGCUUGGAUCAAUUAUGGCCUUCAGCAAGGGAUAUCGUAUUUACCACAAGCUGGACCCACCACCUUACAGUGUCAUAGUGGAAACUAGGGCCAGGGAGGAAUGCCUCAUGUUUGAAUCAGCAGCUGUUGCUGUUCUGUCGGCAGCAGAGAAGGAUGCUAUUAAAAACACAUAUACCAAGAUAGUAGAUGCCUAUGGAAUUCUGGGUGUUCUUCGCCUAAACCUUGGUGACUCCAUGCUCCACAGUCUUGUGGUUGUGACAGGCUGCAGCUCUGUGGGCAAGGUGCAGGAUUCAGAAGUUUUCAGGGUCACGCAGACAGACUUCAUAUCACUGAAGAAUGAUCCAGGAGAUGAGGAACGAAUUGCUGAGGUGCGAAAGGUCCUAAACUCAGGACAUUUCUACUUUGCCUGGUCUUCCACUGGAGUCAGCAUGGACUUGAGUCUUAAUGCACAUCGCAGGAUCAUAGAAGACACUACAGAUAACCGCUUCUUUUGGAAUCAAUCUCUACAUCUGCACCUAAAACAUUACGGUGUAAACUGUGACGACUGGCUGCUGAGGCUGAUGUGUGGGGGUGUGGAGAUCAGGACCAUCUAUGCAGGGCACAAACAAGCCAAGGCAUGUAUCUUCUCACGCUUAAGCUCUGAGCGUGCCGGCACGCGAUUCAAUGUCCGAGGAACAAAUGAUGAUGGACAAGUGGCCAACUUUGUGGAAACUGAGCAGGUUAUUUUCCUGGAUGACAAAGUCUCAUCCUUCAUACAGAUCCGUGGGUCCAUUCCUCUUUUCUGGGAACAGCCAGGAAUCCAGCUCCCAGACAUCUUUGGUCAGGUUGGUUCUCAUCGUGUCAAACUCUCAAGGGGAUUUGAGGCAAAUGCGCCAGCAUUUGAAAGACACUUUACUGCACUGAGGCGGUUGUAUGGUAAGCAGGUGAUAAUCAACCUGCUUGGAAGUAAAGAAGGGGAACACAUGCUCAGCAAAGCGUUUCAGAGUCACCUGAAAGCAUCAGAACAUGCUUCAGCAGUGAAAAUGGUGAACUUUGACUACCAUCAGAAUGUGAAAGGUGGAAAGGCAGACAAACUUCACAGUGUCCUCAAGCCCCAGCUCAACAAAUUCGUAGAAGAGUGUGGUUUCUUCUACUAUUCUGGAGAAACUGGGAUAUUAAGGACUCAGGGAGGGACUAUGAGGACCAACUGCCUGGAUUGUUUGGAUAGAACCAACAGUGUCCAAGCUUUUUUUGCUCUCGAGAUGCUGCCUAAGCAGUUGGAACAAAUGGGUUUGACAGAGAAACCACAGCUGGUGGCCAGGUUUCAAGAGGUUUUUAGGACCAUGUGGUCUGCUAAUGGUGACUCCGUCAGUAAGAUCUAUGCAGGCACCGGGGCCCUGGAUGGCAAGGCCAAGGCGGGGAAGCUGAAAGAUGGAGCUCGUUCUGUGACUCGGACCAUCCAGAACAACUUCUUUGACAGUUCAAAGCAGGAGGCUAUAGACAUCCUGAGGCUAGGCUCCACACUCAACAGUGAUUUGGCAGACAAAGCUCGGGCUUUGCUCACCACUUCCAGUCUUUAUGUCACUGAGCCUGUCUUACAAUCAGCAUCUCCAAGAGUAUUGUUGGGAAUGUGUCAGAACUACCAUAAAUACACAAGGCCCAAGCAGAUUCGUGUUUGCAUCGGUACCUGGAAUGUCAAUGGGGGUAAACAGUUUCGAAGCAUUGCUUUCCGCAACCAGACACUCAACGACUGGCUGCUGGAUGCUCCAAAGAAUGCAGGACAUCCUGAGUUCCAGGACAGCAGAACAAACCCUAUAGAUAUCUUUGCCAUCGGUUUUGAGGAAAUGGUUGAACUGAAUGCGGGAAACAUUGUCAGUGCCAGUACUACCAACCAGAAGCUGUGGGCAGCUGAGCUCCAAAAAAAUAUCUCACGGGACCACAAGUAUGUGCUGCUUGCCUCAGAGCAGCUGGUGGGAGUGUGUCUUUUUGUUUUCAUCCGCCCACAGCAUGCACCAUUUAUCAGGGAUGUAGCUGUUGAUACUGUAAAAACUGGAAUGGGUGGCGCCACAGGUAAUAAGGGAGGUGUGGCAAUCCGCCUGUUGUUCCAUACCACCAGCAUCUGCUUCAUCUGCUCCCACUUUGCUGCCGGCCAAUCACAGGUCAAAGAGAGGAAUGACGACUACAAUGAGAUCACACGCAGACUCAGCUUCCCCAUGGGCCGUCUGCUGUAUUCACAUGAUUAUGUGUUCUGGUGUGGAGACUUUAACUAUCGUAUAAGUCUGCCUAAUGAGGAAGUAAAAGAUCUCAUCAAGCAGCAGAACUGGGAUGCCUUGACAGCAGGGGACCAGUUGUUGGACCAGAAGAAUGCCGGUUUGGUCUUUCGAGGUUUUAUUGAGGGAAAAUUAGAUUUUGCCCCCACCUAUAAGUAUGACCUCUUCUCAGAAGACUAUGACACCAGUGAGAAGUGCCGCACGCCCGCCUGGACUGACCGUAUACUUUGGAAGAGGAGAAAGUGGAACUUUGACAAAACAGCCGAGGAGAUGAAUAUAGUAGGAGCAGCUUCUUCAUCUAGAGAUAGUGAUGAUGAUGUAGAACAAACCUGGAGCCCUGGCACUUUAAAGUACUAUGGAAGGGCUGAGCUGAAGACCUCAGACCACAGGCCUGUGGUGGCAGUGAUAGAUGUGGACAUCCUAGAAGUGGACCCAGAGGCUCGGCAUCAAGUCUACAAGGAUGUCAUUGCCCGGCAGGGGCCUCCAGAUGGUACCAUUCUGGUGUCACUCUGCUCCUCCGGGCCUGACGACUACUUUGAUGAUGCACUCAUAGACGAGCUGCUGGAAAAGUUUGCUAAUUUUGGAGAAGUUAUCCUCAUUAGGUUUGUUGAGGAGAAGAUGUGGGUGACUUUCUUGGAAGGGUACUCUGCUCUGGCUGCUCUGUCUCUCAGUGCUUCCACUGUCCUUGGCAAGGUGAUUGAUAUCCGUCUGAAGAGUCCAGGCUGGAUCAAGAGUCUGGAGGAAGAGAUGAGUGUGGAGAGGAUUUGUGGAAGCAUUCCCACAUCUGCCAGCUCCACCCUGCUUGCUGAAGAUACAGACAUGGGUGAUGAUGAUUACGACAUGGAAGGUGAUGUGGACGAGGAGGUUGAGGAGAUCCUUCCUCAGCACCUGCAGCCUGGAGCAGGGACUGGCCCUGGAUCUUCCCCUCUCCCUUCUCCCAGGAGUAGCCCCUGUCCCUCCCCCACCCAUGGAGAACCUGCUGCACCCAGCAGACCUAGCCGUGGAGCACAGCCCUCCCGACCAUCACAAGGGCCUCCUGUUGACUUCCAGCCUGGUGCCCCCACAGCUCAAGGCCUGGAACCCAAACGUCCACCUCCUCCUCGCCCCAACGCCCCCCCUGCCAGACCAGCACCUCCACAACGCCCACCACCACCUUCAGGAGGCAUGAGCCCUCUGCCAGUUAGAAGGCACUCUGGAGGAGGCAUGAGCCCUCUGCCAGUUAGAAGGAACUCUGGAGGAGGCAUGAGCCCUGAGCCAAUUAGAAGGCACUCUGGAGACUGUGUCCAGUUUCCCAAACCACGGCUUGGUAGGAGGGGCAGUCAAGGACAAAAAAGCCCUGCUCUUCCUCGGCCAGAUGCUGCAGGUCGAGGGCAGACAGCAGCAGGAGCACCUGGACCAGGAGGUGCUUCCAGACCAAAUAUCCCUCCUCGAGCUGGGGUGAUCAGUGUGACACCUCAGUCUCGCCCACCACCUCCAUCUCACCCUGGAGCACCAAGGCCCAUUCCAGAGGUGCAUCCCGGGGCCCCUCGCCCUAUUUCAGAUACCCACCCUGGAGCCCCACGACCUGUGCCCAGUGCCCAGACCAAACCAGCGGACCUGCCUCUGGGUCCUCAACCCUCAGGAGCACCUCCUGCAGCUCCACCUGCAGUGAAGGCCCAGGUUUCAUCACCCAUGCAGCCUCCCAUGCAGCCUCAGCUAGCUGCCCCUCCAGCUCAGUCUCAGCUUCCACCUCCAAUGCAGCCCACACUUCCAGCUCCUCUCCAGCCACAGCCAGCGCCAGCCCCUAAAGCAGCAGGUCCAUCUGCUGCACCUGCUGCUGCCGCCCCUGCCGGGCCUCAGCCGAGUUUAGCCUCUCCUAAACCCCCACCACGUUCCCGCUCCUCUCAUGCUCUGCCGCCUGACGCUGCCAAGUCUGAGACUGCCCCAGCUGCACAGACAAAUGGACUGAAUGGGAUUCAAGGAGAAGCACAAUGGAAGCCCGACCCCUUUGACACACUUACAUCUGAUUUUUUGUCCUCCUCAUCUUCUUGGCACACCACCCAGUCACUGACCAGAGGAUCCACCCGACGUACGCCAACUGUCUUUUCCUCCACCACUCUCCCAUCAUCCUUCUCCCACCAGUCCUCCACUCUAGAAGAUUUGCAAGCCUUUGAUUCAUCCUCCUCUUCUUCACUCUCCACCCCUUCACCAUUUGCCUCGACGCUGCUCCCUCCUCCUCCUGUCCCAUCUCGCAGUCGCUCUCAGGAGACGCUACGCGCCUCCCCCAACCCUUUCUCAGCUGACCCACUUCCUGCCCGACCCAGCAGCACCAACCCCUUCACUGGCCCACUGGUGCAGCAGCAGCAGCGGCGCCCGCUCACACCUGACUUCACUUUUCAGCUUUCGCCUCCAACAGCAAACCCUCAGAGAACUGUGUCUCUUACUCCACCACUGAUACCCACCCCAGCUCAAACAGGAGCUCCUGCAGCUGUACCCACCACCCAACUCCAAAGGACCAUGUCUCUGUUUGGACCAUCAUCCAGUCUUAAUCCUGCCCCUGCUUCUUUGCUCCCUCUUGCCCUUAACCCAUCUCCUCCUCCCACUUUACCCAUGGUGGCACCCUCAUCUCUUCCACCUGCCGUCGCGCCUCGACACCAGCCACCUGGCCCAGUAGCAAAGCAAGCUAAGCAAUGGGUCACUUUCGAUGAUGAUUUUCCACCUCCAAGCAAAACUUCACAAAACCCAGUCUUUCCUUCCAGUUCCCUCGUGCCCCAAACUCAGAUGCAGCCUUCCAGCUCUGUGUUUAAUUUAGAACCAGAGUGGUUAUCUUCCAUGCCUGCAGCAAUCCCGACCCUCUCUCCUCCCAUCCCAAAUAGAACUGCAACCAGUAACCCAAAGCUCCCAGAGGGACCCAGUGGCAACGGCUUAUUCCCCAGGGAUUCAAUGGAAAGAUAGAAUCACAGUUCAUAUGUAAAGGGCAUAUCCAGAUAUGUAUAGAUCUAUGAUAAAUGUGUAUAUGUGUUAUGUACAAAAGAGACAGUAUUUAAGAAGUAUAGACCAAUUCCCUUCUGAAUUACAGGAAAGGCUUUGUACCUCGAGCAGUACGAUGAGAAGAGUAUGAGCCCAAAAGUGUGUUGUUGACUUUACGUUCCCGGAUAUUAACACUUAUUUUACUAAGAAUCAUUCUGAUCGUUAUUUUUUAUUCAUGGCAGCAAACAUGUGCCUGUGUCUACAGUAUGUUAAUCAAAGUAUAUCUAUACGCACAAAUCAUUUGUGUAGUCACUUGUGCAAUAUCAAAAUAUUCCUUGGCCGUGCACCACGCUGCAUUUGGCUGCAAAGUUUUACCUAAACCUGUGUAACUUUUAAAAUUGCACACCACGGUUCAUAUCCUUCAUUUUGAAUGAGCUCCUCGCCAGAGUUGAUGCUAAUCUACUUUUCACAGUAUCGUCACAGAAGGUUAUGCACUGCAGGUUUACAUUUGCCCCGAUGUUUGCUGCUGUCCGCAGCAGUUUUCUUUGAUUUGCAAAUAUAGUUAAUUGUAAGUUUUAUUUCUGUUAUUUUGUAUGUGAGAUAAAAAUUGAAGCAUUACAUGGUAUGUUUGCUUUUAUCAUGAAUGUACUUUAUUUUGCACUGGAGGUUGUCAUCACCUCCUUGCUAAAGCCACAGUGUGGAAAAAGACAGCACGAGUCAGUUAAUGUGACUGCUCACCCAGGGAGCCAUGCUCUUUAAUAUCAUCUCAUCCAGCUGAUAGAAAUGCAUUUUGUUUUCUCUCUGUUCAUUCAGGUUUCUUACGCUUAGCUGAACAUAUUCUGUAGCCCUCUAUCAAAACCUAUACAUAGAAGUUAUGUAUAAAUGUGUGUUUUCAGUAUGGAAAAUAAUUGCUAAGUAAGUGUGUGGGUGGGUGUGUGGGUGUGUGUGUGUGUG